AAUAUCUGCAUCUCAGCUACAAUCGCUUCACCACGCUGCCUAACAGAAUAUUCUCCCCCUUCACGCGACUACGUAGGCUCUUUCUAGAAUUCGGCUCGCUUACUACCAUUGCACCCAACGCGCUGGAAGGUCUAUCAACACUAGAGUACUUGGACUUGUCGCAUAACAAAAUCGGGUUCAUCGAACCGGGGCUCUUUGCCGAAAUGGGACAACUCUACACGAUGAUGCUGGAAUACAAUAAUCUGCACGCUCUCGAAGCGGGCACCUUCUCCGGAUUGAGAAAAGUGUCCAAUCUUGAUCUAGAAUACAAUAGCAUCGGCCGCAUCGAUGCAGGGGCCUUCGAAAACACAGACGGCAUUACUUUCUUGAAACUAUUUAAGAACAAGCUAACUUCUAUUAAAGCCGGAGCAUUCGCGGGAUUAAACAAGCUAGAGAUGCUUGACAUUAUCGCUAAUUUCGACCUGGAGACGAUCGAGGUAGGAGCCUUCCACGGACUGCCCCGAUUAAGUAUAGUGUACCUUUUCUACAACAAGCUCAGCCAUCUGGAGCAGGACAUAUUUGAUCUCUCGCUUUAUCCGGAGAGCUGGAGCAUAUACACCGACAUAUCCGAAACCCGCUGAGCUGCAGCUGCCUCGGCUGCGCUACUGAGUAAGCCGUUCGACGUCCACGGACGUUGCCACGCGCCG